CGCGCAUGCGCUCAGCUGACGGACGGCACCGGAGGGAUCGGCGGCAGGGUACGAAAGGAAGAGGAUAUGUGCGCAGGAAUCUUAAGCACACCAGAACGUGAGAUAUGCUGUUUUGGUUGGUUCAUCGGCACCUGAAUAACUUUGUUCUUUGAGUGUGGAGGAGGAGCUAGCACACCGAUCGUAGCAGGGAGUGCCCGACCACGUGUUCGGUGCAGGGGCGAGAUCUGUAUGAACCCACCUCGAGACAGGCCAUGUAAAUUGUGAACCGGUGUUUCCUUUCCGAUGGCAAUAUGUCAGUUGUUGAUCCUUGGAAAAGAAAGGCACAUCUCAUCCUGGCUUGAAAUUGCAUCUGAUUUGUGACUGAAAUGAAGUUUUCCAUUUUAACUUCUCAUUAUAACCCAUUGGAUCGGGAGACCUGAGGGCACACUUCAGCACAUCUUCACCAUCUUCGCUUACACGCUUGUUUAGGUGUGGGUGGAAUUCACUAUGUCCUCAGAAUUCCAGAGACAGCAGGAAGUUCAAAGCAGGGAGAAAUCGUUCGGCUCCUCUGAGUGUGGGAAGGAGUUCACUGGGUCAGAUCAGUUGCUGGAAUGCCAGCGACUGCCGAGGGGGGGGAAGCCUUAUAUCUGCUCUGAGUGCGGGAAGGGAUUCACGAGGUCGGGUAAGCUGCUGGCUCACCGUCGUGUUCACACUACAGAGAGGCCGUUCUCCUGCUCAACGUGUGGGAAGAAGUUCACUCAGUUGUCCCACCUGCAGACGCACCAGCGCGUCCACACAGGGGAGCGGCCGUUCACCUGCUCUGAGUGCGGGAAGGGGUUCAGUCAGUCAUCUGAUCUGAAAACACACCAGCGACUCCACACUGGGGAGCGGCCCUUCACCUGCUCCGAGUGUGGGAAGGGAUUCACCCAGUCGGCCAACCUGAAAACGCACCAGCGCAUCCACACUGGGGAGAGGCCGUUUUCCUGCUUUGAGUGCGGGAAGGAGUUCUCUCAGUCAGCCAAUCUGCUGAUACACCAGCGAAUUCACACCGGGGAGAACCCGUUCACCUGCUCCGAGUGUGGGAAGGGAUUCAUUCGCUCGUCCCACUUGGUGACGCACCAGCGAGUUCACACUGGGGAGAGGCCGUUCAUCUGCUCCAUGUGUGGGAAGGGAUUCAUUCACUCAUCCCACCUGAUAAGACACCAGCGCGUUCACUCUGGGGAGAAGCCCUUCACCUGCUCAGUUUGUGGGAGGGGCUAUACGCAGUCGUACAGCCUGAAGAUACACCAGCGAGUUCACAGCGGGGAGAGACCGUUUAUCUGCUCUGUCUGCGGGAAGGGGUUCAUUCAGUCAUCUGAACUGCUGAAGCACCAGCGAAUACACACAGGGGAGAGGCCGUUCACCUGCUCAGACUGUGGGAAGAGGUUUUCUCAGUUAUCCCAUCUUGUGAAGCACCACCAAGUUCACAGUGAGCGGCCGCACACCCAGCCUCUCUGAGCAGAGGGGCUUACCUGGCCAAUCCCCCCCCGCUGAUAAAGCAGUGGGUGUGCUCCAGGCAGCUGUUCAGCUGCACAGACUGUGGGAAGACAUCCACUCCGUGACGGGAGCUGCUGAAACAGCAGCAAGCACGCGGGGGAGUGGCCGUUCUGAGGGCGGGAAGGGUUUCGUUCUGUUAAUCCGCCUUGUGAGGCCCCAGCGACUUCACAAUAAGCAGAGCCCACACUUCUGCCCUGGGUGAGCAAAGAGACUGCGAUGACCAUCCCAGCUGCUGGGCCUCAGGCAACUUUACAUGUGCAAGCAAGUUCGAAUAAGCUGUAUGUUAACUUUUAUACCAUCCUGGUGACUGAAUCCAGUUUGCAAGUUCACAAGGGACUGUUAGUGUCGGAUUCUGUGUUAUUGUGGCUGCCGAUCACACCCAGGACUGAACCCUGGUCACUGAACAUUGGAGGGGUUCGUUCUGCUGAUGUUAACCUCAAGUUUCACUGGUGCUUAAUAUUGUGGAUCUGUGGCAAAUAAAAUCAGUGCUAUCUCAAGUCCUGUGUCUCAGGUGC